AGUUUAAAACAAAGCUUUAUAACUAACUAAAUAUAUAAGGUGGCAUCAUUAUUCCUUUAAAUUCGUUAAAAUGGCAGUUAACGAAGAAUUUAACGAAGCAUUCUUCGGGUUUUGGCCUGGUUCGGGUAGAGUGCGGGACUUUUUAAAAGUGCGCUUCAAACAGUAAUUGCAACGGUUCGUGAACAUCAACAUUUUCCACUAUUCUAAAAUAUCAGAACUGUCGCAGAAAAGAAUAGUUGGAUUGUCAUAAUUGUAGUUAGAAAGGAGUUUGGCAACUUUUUUCUAUCCAUCAAAAAGUGCAAUUGAAUUAGAAUAGAACAUAAUUAGAAAAGUCGGCAGACAAAAAUUUUACCAACGAGCCUUUUACUUAUAUUUUUUGUCUAAGUGUUUAAAGAAGAAAUUACCAUUAAAAUGGUUGGGGCUACAAAAAUCCGUAUUGAUGAGAAUGAAGCCAACAAUUUUGCUAAGGUAAAGAAAUUUGGUGUUGCUAAUGCAACGGAAAACACAAAGCGUGCUGCCUUAGGAGACUUGCAGAAUCGAGCAGUUCUAAGACUUGCAAAUGCUAAAGAGGCUGCACAGAAGGAUAUUGAUUCAAAACUGAAAAAUGUAAUUCAAAAUACCAAACCACGUGUGGAUACACACUGGAAAAAGGCGCCAGGAGCUACUGUCAAGUCAACAAGCACAGCUGAUGAAAAACCGAAAAAGAUUCUUACGCGGUCCAAUUCUACACGUGUUGAAUCUUCAGCUUUGCAGAGAAAUGCUGUAACUGGCCUGAACAAACACAAGACGCUUACUACAAAAGUAGUGGAACCAAACUUACAACAGGCAAAACUCAGUAAAGCUAAGGCUGCACUGGAUGAAAAACCAAAGAAAUCUGGUGAAGCACUUACAUUAAGGCGUGAAGAUAGCAACUUAUCACUAAAAUCGCUGACAAAAUUAAAGGCAGCGUUGUCAAGAGAAGCGAAUAAAGUUACUGCCAGAAAACUAACAGCACAGAGCAUAAAACCUAAACCAGAAAUUGUUACUGAGUCGUCAGAUUCAGGCAGCGAAAUUAACAAAAAUGUUGAAACACAAAUCUCAGGUGUACAAAUGCACUCAUCAGAAGUCGAAGAGUUCGUUGAUUUUGAAGAUAUCGAUUCUGGCGAUUCGGAUCAAUUAUUACUGGUAUCGGAAUACGUGAAUGAUAUCUAUAAUUACCUCUUUCAAUUAGAGGAUGAACAGUGUAUACGAGAAAACCAUUUGGAUGACCAAGUGGAAGUUUACCCAAAAAUGCGCGCUGUACUAAUUGACUGGAUUAACGAGGUACACUUUCAGUUUCAUCUAACUCCAGAAACAUUCCAAAUGACAGUUGCAAUUAUCGAUCGCUACUUGCAAGAAGUAAAGAAUACAAAACGCACGCAUUUGCAAUUGGUAGGUGUCACGGCUCUAUUCAUUGCAGCCAAGUAUGAAGAGUUAGUUCCACCAUCGAUUGCCGAUUUUGUCUAUAUAACCGAUGACACUUAUAAUUCCAAACAAAUCGUGCAAAUGGAGUUGAAAAUCAUUAAAGCACUCGAUUGCAACUUAUCGCGCCCUUUGCCAAUACACUUUUUGCGUCGCUUCUCUAAGGCGGCUAAAGUAGAAGAUAUACACCACGCGAUGGCCAAAUAUUUUCUCGAAUUGACAUCAAUCGAAUACGAUUUAGCAGCAUACAAGCCGUCCGAGAUCGCCGCUGCAUCUCUCUUCUUAGCCCUACAUUUGCUUAAAGAGAACGCUAAAGCAUCAGUGGGCUUCAACAACAAACACUGGUCUCCCACAAUGCAAUAUUACUCGCGAUACACGGCAAAACAUUUAAGACCUAUCGCCAAGAAAAUUGCAGUGGUGGUGCGAAAUGCGCCCACUGCCAAACUAAAGGCUGUCUACACGAAAUACCAAUCAUCGAAAUUAUAUAAAAUUGCGAUGCGUUCGGAAUUAUAUGAUAAACUAAUUGAAUCAAUAAUUAACCACACCGAAUAAGAAAUAGUUACGGGCAGCUAUAGCGACAGGGGCUGCAAUGCGCUUAAUUUUUGUUUAUGUCGUUUAGUUUAAUUGUUUUUUUUUUUACUUUAUUUUAUAAACAUUUCAAUAUUUUUAUUAUCAAACAUUUUUAAAUAAUAUAUAUAUUUUUACUUUUAAGUUGUAUGCUACAAUUUAGAUUAAAAAAAUACUGUCCCGGAUUGUCGGUCAAAUGUCAUUAUAGACAUAAUAACUUCCAUGUAAUGCUUUGCAUUAUAGCAAUGAAAGAAGUUUGUAAUUAUGGAAUUAUGUCAUCGAAAGCACCAAUCAAGGGCAAUACUAACAUCAACUCAUGUUUGUACGAGUAUUCGGAUAUUUAGUCUUAAAUAAAUUGCUGAAUACCUGCCAUAUUUAAUGUAAUGUAUGUAUGCCUGUAUUAGUGUUUGCUAAAAUGUAACAUUUCCGAAAUGUGAGGAAAUCACCGACUAACCAACGUAUAUUAGUGUCUAAAUGUACUUUAUAUCAAAUUUUUGUAUCAAAACUGUUGCUGCUAUGGUAGGCGCCUUCUUUUCCCAACCGAUAGCAAUCAUUUCUUUAUCAAAGGUGCUUGUUUAGGUUGUUAUGAAGUCGGCAUACUCAUCAGCGCAGUUUUUUAUUCAUAUUUAUGUCUAAAUUUGGCAAAAUUAGAACUAAUGUAGUUAAAAAAAAAAGAAAAGAAAACACUAUUAAAUUGAACAAUGUUUGUAGGCUCAAACUGAAUAUAUUAUUCUGCUAUAAUCGUUUGUAAUUUAAGGUUCACAAGCAUAAGCAUAGUGGGAACGCAUGCAAAAGCAUUGGUGUCUGCUGCUGCCUUGAGUGUUAUUUCAGAAAUAAUUCUGGUUGCAUGUGAAUAUAACUUUUAUGUAUGAUUAAAACAUUUUGCUCAAAAAAUA